AUGUCAACUGAAAAUACGAAAAAACAAAUCCCAGAUAGCAAUUCUGCUCCAGCUCUGCCUGCACCACUCAGUGAUCUGAAAAUUAAGUAUACUAAGAUAUUUAUAAAUAAUGAAUGGCAUGAUGCAACUAAUGGCAAAAAAUUUGCAGUCUAUAACCCUGCAACUGGAGAUAAAAUUUGUGAGGUAGAAGAAGGAGACAAGGAGGACAUAGACAAAGCUGUUAAAGCAGCGAGAAAAGCUUUUCAGCUUGGGUCGCCAUGGCGUACAAUGGAUGCUUCAGAACGGGGAAGGCUCUUAAAUAAACUAGCUGACUUAAUUGAAAGAGAUCGUCUAGUCUUAGCUACAAUGGAAGCCAUUGAUGGUGGAAAACUUUUUUCCACUGCCUACUUAAUGGAUUUAGGAGCCUGCCUUAGAACUUUACGCUACUGUGCAGGCUGGGCUGAUAAAGUUCAAGGUCGUACCAUUCCAAUGGAUGGAAACUUUUUCACAUUUACGAGACAUGAGCCCAUUGGUGUGUGUGGCCAAAUUAUUCCUUGGAACUUCCCUUUGGUUAUGUUUGUCUGGAAGAUCGCUCCUGCCCUUUGUUGUGGAAACACAGUGAUCGUCAAACCAGCAGAAGAAACUCCACUGACUGCUAUUUACAUGGGAUCUUUAAUUAAAGAGGCUGGAUUUCCACCGGGGGUAGUGAAUAUUGUGCCAGGUUUUGGACCCACAGCUGGAGCAGCAAUUUCUCACCACAUGGACAUAGAUAAAGUGGCUUUCACAGGCUCUACACAGGUUGGCAAACUGAUCAAAGAAGCUGCUGGAAAGAGUAAUCUGAAGAGGGUUACAUUGGAACUUGGAGGGAAAAGUCCUAAUAUUAUAUUUGCGGAUGCAGAUUUGGACAAUGCUGUGGAACUUGCACACAUUGGUCUGUUCUACCAUCAGGGUCAAUGCUGCAUAGCAGGCUCUAGGAUUUUUGUGGAAGAACCUAUUUAUGAAGAGUUUGUCCACAGGAGCGUUGAGCGAGCUAAGAAAAUUACCCUUGGUGAUCCUCUGUCUUGUGGUGUAAAUCAAGGUCCCCAGAUUAAUAAGGAGCAGUUUCGUAAAAUCCUUGACCUAAUUGAGAGUGGGAAAAAAGAAGGAGCCAAACUGGAAUGUGGAGGAGGUCCAUGGGGAGACAAAGGUUACUUCAUCCAGCCCACGGUUUUCUCUAAUGUUACAGAUGAUAUGCGCAUCGCCAAAGAAGAGAUUUUUGGGCCAGUGCAGCAAAUCAUGAAGUUUAAAACUGUAGAUGAAGUGAUCAAGAGGGCAAACAAUACUCAGUAUGGGUUAGCAGCAGCAGUUUUUACCAAAGACCUUGAUAAAGCAUUGACAUUUGCAACUGCUCUUCAGGCUGGAACAGUAUGGGUUAACUGCUAUAGUGCAGUGUCUGCUCAGUGUCCUUUUGGAGGAUUUAAAAUGUCAGGAAAUGGACGAGAACUGGGAGAAUAUGGCAUUCACGAAUAUACAGAAGUUAAGACUGUCACAAUCAAAAUUCCACAGAAGAAUUCAUAA